AUGUUGACCUGUGCAAUUGACUCGCUGUGCCACAACAACACCAAGCCUUACGAAAAGGCUGUGGCUUCUGAUCACCUUUAUUCAUUAGUGUCACCUUCCUUCAUAAGUCCUCUACUGUUUACCACCAACCUUUUGGCACAUUCAGUGACCCGAAGCAAGCUGGCACUGAACAUCAAUGGCAAAUUGCACCCUACUGGAAGGCACACUUCUGUCAGGAAUUGGCUAAAUAGCCUUACAAUGUCAGUACCUGACUUUCCCCCUGGUGACGUCCUUUCCGCAAUUCAUAAUGUCCAAGUAUUAAUAAAAAAGUGGACAGUGGGGAAAGCCAACAGGGCACAAAUUAGUGUUUUGACUAGUGUGUGCGUAGCUCAAAUUGCUCCACAUGAGACAUUGCGAAGGGAACCUGCUCUUGCUCCAAGGUACAUAUCACGCAUGUACAUGCUUUCUCUUCUAAAAUACUAUGAUAUUAUUGAUAAAUUUUUAUAAAGGACAGUGUAUGUUAUAAUUUUCAAAAAAAGAAAAUUAAUAUGCUGAACUGUAGAUUCAGUGCAUUUGCCUUUGUGAUGUUAUGGGGUUUAUAUGUAGAAUGGCAGUCAGUGCUGCACGAAAAUGAACUACUUUUCUAGGACCUGUUGUAACGUCAUGUACAUAAAUGCACAGUUACAGUGACUUUCACAUAGCUGAAGUCUUGUUUUCUUUUAUAUGUGUAUUUUAGGGCUUGACCCAAGAGAGUAGAAGUUGCCAAAGAGAAUCAGAAGGAAAGGGCAAAGCUUAUUGAAGCAUGUUCACUUUCACAGCCUGAUAAAGAAAUUAUCCGUCGUGAGGUGAGGUGUAAAAAUUAG